CAGUGGGACUUAUGACAUUUCCAUUCAUAUUGAUAUUCACUACAAAAGCUAUCUUGGACUAUAGAUUAAAGGCAUCACUGACAGAAAUGUAUAUUGUACUGUGUUCCUAUACAAUUGGACAAAUAUUAUUACAGUCGAGCAGCCACAGGAAAAUGCUCUCUCUAAAAAAUCCAGUCACCUCAGUUUGGAGGGUGAAUGUGCUGCCUAAAUGGAGUGCUGCUGUUCAGAUCAGAGCAUAUAUGGGAGAGAUCAUUAUAUACUGGGCUUUGGCUUUAGUUGCUGGUACCACUUACCUUGGUAUUUUCAUAAUACCGUCAGCAUUUACAGUUACUGUGCUUUCAAGAGCCUUCAGGGAAUAUAAACGUUCAGCAGCCUAUCAAGCAGGUGAAGUUAACACCAAACAAUAAUAAGCUGUAAUUCUCAGUAACUGUUGUGAAACAAGAUCAUGCUAAAUGAUUGUGAAUAUGGGGCUAACUGCCAUGUUCAAAUAUGGAAUCAUUUAUAAAAUGUUUUUUUGUGAUAACUACUGUGCACUAAUUGAACUGUCUUUGUUUAGCAAUUGAGCACAUACAUUUUCUUAAAAAAGAGUUUUCAAAGAUUUUAAGAUGGUCUAAAAUUACAAAUGAUCUUUAUGUAGCACUUUUUAUGUUCUUGUAAGUAAUCUGAAAGAUUAUAGGAGCAUCAACAUUUAUUGUGGCAAGUUUAGUUUUUAUUGAUCUAAGAAGACUGUUAAAACAGUAUUUUUUUAAAAAAUAUGUCUUUGGCUAGUACUUAUAGUUAAUUACUUAUUAUUAUUAUUAUUAUUAUUAUUAUUAUACGUAUCACUCUACAAUGUUAUUAUUAGUAUUAUUAUACGUAUCACUUUAUGAGAGUACAAAUUAAAGCCCUUACUGAUUGAUAUGUUAUAAACGCCAUUCAGACUAUGGCACGAACUGAACAAAUAUCAUUUCAUGCUGUGUAUUUUAUAUUUGGUUAUUUUCUAUAUUUUUGUUGUAAUUAUUUUCUAAUUGUGUUGUUUAAAUAAAUAGGUUUAGGUUAAAUGAGUGUAUGUGUAUUUAAAUGUUACCUGUAUUCUAACAUUGUUUUUGGAAACUCCACUUUAGUGUAAAGACUGCUUGUAAGAAAGACAAAUUGCAAGCCUUUGCUCUUUCAAAGGUUGCUAGUCAACUGCAUUGAUAUGAUCUGUGUGUCUCCCAGCUGUGUGAAAUGGGACACUAAAUGUGCGCACGGAAUGACCACUCCCAUCAUUAGUUUGAUAUUCAUCUCGUUUGAAAUUAAAUUUUUUGUUAGCAGCAGUAAUUUGUACGCCUUCCAAAUAUUUAAAGAACUUUAUGCUACGCAAUUACACAAAUAUAUUUGAAUCUGUGUUCACAAAUCGGAAAGACAGAUUAUAAUCUCGUGGAGAAGGAGCAUUUGUUGUAACAA